AAGUCCUCCAGCAGCGGAACCAUUCUUUCGCUGUUCUCUGUUUCCGUCGGGGCUUUAAUGUUGCGCGCACUCGUGAGAAACAGCGCUGUCCACACGUGAAGCUUGGGGAUGUUGUGAAUUCUUCUGUUACUGUAUUUAUUUUCCUAAUUCCCGUUCUGUAUUCGUUUACAAUGGUAGAAAUAGAUGAGGAUCCCCAGAUGGGGUUUGAGGCCGAGGAAGACGACGACGACGACGAAUUAUCGGACAGCGAGCUGCAAGAAGCUUUCUCCAAGGGUUUUCUCAAACCUGGACUGAAUGUUCCUCUGCUUGAGCCAAAGAAGGCCAUCAACAAUGUGGAGGGUCUUAAAAAAUGUCUCACUGAGUUUAAGAAGAACCUGCCGUGGGCUGAAAGGCUGGACCUCACUAACUACCCAGCUGUUGACAUUGUUGCAAAAGCGGAGGGCAGAGCGCAGCAACCAGAAGGCAGUGAAGACGUUAAUGCAGAGGAUGACUUUCAGAGGGAGAUGUACUUCUACCGACAGGCUCAAGCAACUGUUUUAGCGGCGCUGCCAAAACUGAAUAAAUUCAAGAUUCCUACCCGGAGACCUGAGGAUUACUUUGCAGAGAUGGCCAAGACCGAUCAGCACAUGCAGAAGAUUAGGAAGAAGCUUCUUCUCAAGCAAGCUGCAAUGGAGAAGUCAGAAAAGGCCAAGAAGCUCAGAGAACAGAGGAAAUAUGGCAAAAAGGUUCAAACACAGGUGAUUCAGAACAGGCAGAAACAGAAGAAAGCAAUGCUGACAGCUGUAAAGAAGUAUCAGAAAGGAAUGACAGAUAAAUUGGACUUCUUGGAAGGAGAUCAAGAUCAGAAACCGAAAGGAUCAGCAGCAAAAAAGCAAAUAAACAAAAAAGAUCCAAAUUCUAAGAGGAAAUACAAGGAUAAGAAGUUUGGCUUCGGGGGAAAGAAGAAGGGCACCAAAUGGAACACCAAAGACAGCCAUGACGAUGUUUCUGGAUUCAAGGCCAAAAUGGCUCAUGGGAAAGGUGGGAAACAUUUCGGCAAAGGGGGCAAGACAAAUAAACGGCCAGGGAAAGAGGCAAGGAGGAAAAUGAAGGCACGCAAAUGAGCUGUAUCUUCCCAUUAGUACCUCUCACUCAAAUGGAUUGUGCCAUUAAAAAGACUUUUUUAUCUCUAUUUCCUAUUACUCGGGUGAAGUCAUGGCUUUGUUCUUUUUUUGACAAACACCUUUGUAUUUUUCAAAAGACCUCUCCAUGUUGCCCGAGAGCAAAUAUUUCAGAAAAUUUAAUUUUUUAUGUUUGUAUUAAACAGACCAAUGUUAACACCAUCAAUAAAACCAUUCAGGGUGUUGAUUAUUUAAUUGAACAUUUUUCCAUAGAUUUGCAUCUAUACUGGUAAUGUUUUUUUUUUUAUAUGUAGAGAGACAGACUGUAAAGCUACUUUUCUCCUAUUUGUCUGGGUUCAGAAAGCACACAGUCUUGUACUAAAUCAGUCAGCAAAUCAAAUCUGUUUUCACAGUAAUGUUUGUAUUUGCUAUGGGAAUAAACAUACUGCUUUAUCUGCUUA